GGUUCGCGAGGAAAAAAAUUUAGAUAGUCACAAACGAAAUCACAAACCCUUUUGAGGUUCCAACUCAUUUCUUCUUUCCAAUUGAAACCAUCGCCGCUCGCUCAUUCAAUUGGAACCCUAAUAGAAACCAUCGCCGCUCACUAAAUCUACCACCUCCAUCGAAGCCGAAACCAUCGCCGCUCACUAAAUCUACCACCUCCAUCGAAGCCGAAACCAUCGCCGCUCACUAAAUCUACCACCUCCAUCGAAGCCGAAACCAUCGCCGCUCACUAAAUCUACCACCUCCAUCGAAGCCGUCUCCCCUUCAAUCUUCCGCUGCUGUAACAAUCUCCCCUUCAAUCUUCCGCUGCUGUAACAAUCUCCCCUUCACACUUCCAUUGUUGAAUUCGUCUUCCCCAAAUAUCUCUCUUGCACCAUCAAAUCUCUGGAUCUCAAUCCCUCUCGUUUUACUAUCUUUCUACCAACCGAUAAAAUUGACAUAAUUCCUCUUGUCUAAGAGGAAGGAAGCAUCAGGCAGGAUUACUAACAUCAUUUUUUUCAGUCUGAAACUGUCCAUCCCGAUUGCCAAUGGGGAAAAAUGACUUUCUCACACCUAAGGCAAUUGCCAAUCGAAUUAAAGCAAAAGGACUGCAGAAGCUUCGGUGGUAUUGCCAGAUGUGUCAGAAGCAAUGUCGUGAUGAGAAUGGUUUCAAAUGCCACUGCAUGAGUGAAGGGCACCAGCGUCAAAUGCAAAUUUUUGGACAAAACCCAACCCGCAUAGUUGAGGGCUAUACCGAAGAGUUUGAAACAACUUUUCUUGAGCACAUGAAGCGCAGCCAUCGAUUCAGCCGUGUGGCUGCCACUGUUGUUUAUAAUGAAUACAUAAAUGAUAGAAAUCACGUUCAUAUGAACUCCACGGAGUGGGCUACACUUACUGAGUUUGUCAAGUACUUGGGUCGUACAGGAAAGUGUAAGGUUGAGGAAACACCCAAGGGAUGGUUCAUUACAUACAUAGAUAGAGAUUCAGAAACUCUUUUCAAAGAGAAGAUGAAGAAUAAGAGAAUCAAGGCAGAUUUGGUAGAUGAAGAAAAACAAGAGAAAGAGAUCCAAAAACAGAUUGAAAGGGCUGAGCAAUUGAUGCAGCUAUCUAAUCCGGAGUCCGACCAACCUCACGUAGAGACUACGAGGGAACUAAAUGCAGAAGACGGAAUUAAGAUAGGAUUUUCUCUUGGGUCGUCUGCGAAACCUAUCACCAAGGAAAAAGGUAACACAUCGAUGGGGGCAUUUGAUGAGGUUGAUGCAGAGAAAUACGAGGAAAGGAAUCCUGUAAACAAUUUGAAGAGGAAAGAAAGUGGUGGUGGAAAAUCAACUUUAGAUGAAAUGAUCAGGGAGGAAGAGAGGAAAAAGGAAAAAAUCAACAGGAGGGAUUAUUGGUUACACGAGGGAAUUGUUGUUAAGGUUAUGAGCAAAGUCUUGGCUGAGAAGGGAUACUACAAACAAAAAGGUGUUGUGAGAAAAGUGAUUGACAAGUAUGUAGGGGAAAUAGAAAUGCUAGAAAGCAAGCAUGUGCUCAGAGUUGAUCAGGAAGAGCUUGAAACGGUGAUACCUCAGGUCGGGGGACGUGUAAAAAUAGUAAACGGGGCUUAUCGUGGAUCACUUGCUAGACUGCUCGGGGUGGAUACAGAUCGUUUUUGCGCCAAGGUGCAGAUAGAAAAAGGUGCUUAUGAUGGUAGAGUGCUUAAAGCCGUGGAGUACGAGGAUAUUUGUAAAUUAGCCUAGUGCAAUCGACGGAAUGAUAAUUUUUCGUGAUUCUGUAAGUAGCAGGAAGAGUUGGAAAGCUUGUUAUACCCAGAAGUUCUAAAUUCCAGUGUGACAUUGUAAUUUAAGAACAUAUAUCAUUCAUUUAUAUUUUCAUGUGUGACAUUGGUUUAAGAACAUCCUUGGCAUUUAUCCUUGGAGUUGAAAAAUUCAAAUUUUUUGCUCAAUAUGGUUAAUUACCAAUAUUU